AUGAAGCUCUCCCUCUCCAUUCCCCUCUCUUCCUUCUACUGCUUCUUCUUCCUCCUUGUUCUCAGUGUCUCGUCUGAGGAGCGUGCUAGCACCCCGCCAAGAGGUUGGAAUUCUUAUGAUUCCUAUUCCUGGAUCAUCUCCGAAGAAGAGUUUCUGCAAAAUGCCGAGAUCCUUUCCCAGAGGCUACAUGCUCACGGAUAUGAGUAUGUAGUUGUGGACUACCUUUGGUACCGAAGAAAAGUGCCAGGCGCUGGUGCCGAUUCUCUGGGAUUCGAUGUGAUUGACGAAUGGGGAAGGAUGAUCCCUGACCCAGAUCGAUGGCCUUCAUCUAGUGGUGGGAAAGGGUUCACUGAAGUCGCAAAUAAAGUCCAUAGCAUGGGACUGAAGUUCGGGAUACAUGUCAUGAGAGGAAUAAGCACGCAAGCUGUCAAUGCUAACUCUCCUAUCCUGGAUACCACCACGGGAAGUGCAUAUGAAGAGUCCGGUCGGGUUUGGCAUGCACAAGAUAUAGGUUUUAAGGAGAAGACUUGUGCUUGGAUGCAACAUGGAUUUAUGAGUGUAAAUACUGACUUAGGAGCUGGAAAAGCUUUCUUGAGGUCGCUUUAUCAGCAAUAUGCAUCGUGGGGCGUAGAUUUCAUAAAAAAUGACUGUGUAUUUGGUGACGAUCUGAAUUUAAAUGAGAUCACCUACAUCUCCGAGGUUCUAAAGGAGCUUGACCGUCCAAUCCUGUAUUCUCUGUCUCCUGGAACUAGUGCGACGCCAGAUAUGGCAAAGGCUGUGAGUGGAUUGAGCAACAUGUACAGAAUUACUGGGGAUGAUUGGGAUGUAUGGGAACAUGUUGUGGCACAUUUUGAUGUGACAAGAGACUUCGCUGCUGCUAAAAUGAUUGGUUCCAGUGGCCUGUUGGGGACAUCAUGGCCUGACCUUGAUAUGCUACCACUGGGAUAUCUCACUGAUCCAGGUUCAAAUGAAGGCCCUCAUAGGAAAUGUAGGCUUAACAUAAAGGAGCAAAGAACUCAGGUGACUUUGUGGUCAAUCGUCAAGUCCCCCCUCAUGUUUGGUGGAGAUUUGAGGAACAUUGAUGAUACAACUUUCAGUCUUAUCACCAAUCCUACUCUGCUUGAGAUAAAUUCCCAUAGCGCAAACAAUGUGGAGUUCCCAUAUAUCAGUGGGUCAACGAGUGCAAGAGCUAGAAAACAUGGGCGGUCUAGAAGUUACCCGACAAGUGUGGAAGAGUCGGAGGUAGAGGUAUUGGGUAUGACUAGUUGCAAAGAUCCAAAAGCAAACGGAUGGCUGGUCCAAGAGCUGGACCAAGAUCUCGAACGGAUUUGCUGGAAAGAGAACAUGGAGAAUAGACAUGGAGAACCUUUUUGCCUAUACAAGAGAAAUUCUUCAGCCGAAUCAGAACAAGAGAUAAUGUAUGGGAGCCAAUAUCAGGGACCACUCCACUUAUUAGCUUCUGAAAAUACGGAGUUCUGCUUAGAUGCUUCUCCAAAACGCAAAAUCACAUCUAGUGAGUUCACAAGAGGCACGUUUUCCGACUGCACGUGGAAUGCUAAUCAGAUGUGGAAGUUUCACGGUAACGGGACGCUCAUAAGCAGCUAUUCUGGACUAUGUGCUAAAAUGAUAAAACUCAAAGCUAAUGAUGGUGCAGCAGGAGCUCGCUCCUGGAUCGCAACUGGAAGAUCGGGAGAAAUAUUUCUGGCCUUUUUCAACCUGAACUCGUACGACAUGAAGAUAUCCGCGCUAGUCUCCGACCUGGCGAAGGCGCUUCCUGGUCGGACCGUCAGUUCUUGUACAGGCAACGAAAUAUGGAGCAGCACUAAGAUUGACCGCCCAACGCUGGACUCGAUAUCAAUAUUGGUGGAAUCACAUGAUUGUGCCCUAUAUGUCCUCAACUGUCGUUAAUUAACUCGAAUGAGUGUGAAUAAAUUUUGAUUUCGAAUUCUGUAAGUUAAUUCCUCGUUACCAUCUUCCGUUCAUU